AUGAAGGCCAACAUCGCUGCGAUCGUAGCUCUGUCCUCAGCAGCACUCUUUGCUGCUAGCCCAGCGCAAGCACAAAUCGCAUCGCUUGAUUUUGGCAACGCAGGCGGAGGCGCUCCGAGUCAAGCCGCUGCCUCUGUAGCUAGUCCCGUUGCUCCCUCUUCUCCGUCAUCUACCCCUGCUACUGCGCGCUCCACCUCGGUAGCUGUAUCAGCUAUCACCGCCCCCUCUGGCUCCGAUGCACCAGCGACGAGCACCAUCGCCUCCUCACCUAUCGCCUCGCCAGCUUACGCAGCCGGCACAGUGACCUACGUCCCAGAGCCUCUUCCCACCUCGGCAUCUCGCAUCGAUGUGUCCUCUCUCCCCUCUUCCGUGCCCGCUAUAGCCUCCACUGCUUCGUCUAACUUUACCCUCCCCAACGCAACCGCAACCGCAACCUUCGCUUCCAUCCCCACGCUCCGUUCCAGCCCCUAUCAAAUCGUGUUUGCCAAUACCGACGGCUUGCCUACGAUCAACUACAACCUCGCUAUGAACAAUAGCGAACAGGUCAAGACAGCUCUCUGCGCAUCGCAGAUGCAAUUCUGUUCCACCGCUGGCUGCAACGUCACGGACGCCAAGUUGACCAACUUUUGCGAGACCAAGUACAUGGGGGUCGCGUGUAGCUGCAGCAAGGGCGCAAGUAGGUUGGAGCAGUACCAGUGGCCAGUCAUGUUGGCCGACUGCCAGGGCAGAAACAUCGCUUGUCGAGAUGCAUGUGUCAAACCGGGUCAGAGCGUACAGUCGCAGAACAACUGUUUGGAUACAUGUGCGCAGAAUUACGGUAGCACGUGUGCUAAACCUGGUCAGUACGCUGCCAAUUAUGCUGUGACCAAGGAGGGAAGCAAGCCUAGCUAUGCCAUCGUACAGGGUGGAACAGCGCAGAAUGCUGCGAUGAAGCUAGGUGGUGGAAUGGUGAUUGUCGUUGCUGUGGCUGGUGCAGUUUCGGCACUCGUUAUGGGUGUGUAA